UCUUUUUUCGCUCCUCGCUUUUGAAUUUAAGUUUGAUUAUUUUCCAACCCUUUCUACAAUCAGCAAUGGCUCUGAAUCUUUCACUGAUCAACCCCUACAUGGAUAAAACAUCAAAAUUUGAUGAUGGAGUCAAUUUCGCCGUCGCUGGAGCUACAGCUCUUGAUGUGCCAUUCUUCAUGUCAAAUGAUGUUAUCAUGCCCUAUGCUGCAAGUUCUAUUGGAAUUCAGCUCAGCUGGUUCAAUACCCAUCUCAGCAGUGUUUGUUCAACAAGGGAAGAAUGUAGUAAGAAGCUUGAGAGGACUCUUUUCUUGCUUGGAGAAAUUGGGGGAAAUGACUACAGCUUUGCAUUCUAUCAAGGGAAAUCAAUCGAAGAUGUUGCAACUUUUGUUCCACAAGUUGUUCAACUCAUAGUAGACGCAGUCAAGCAUGUGAUUGAAGCUGGAGCUGUUCAUAUUAUUGUACCUGGCAAUUUUCCAAUUGGAUGCUUUCCAAGCUUUUUGGUGAAUUAUAAAGGCAAGGGUGCAAAAGUAUAUGACAGAAACAAUUGCAUCAAGGAGCUGAACACAUUUUCACAGGUCCACAACAAGAAACUGCAGAAAGCGCUUGAAAGCUUGGGAGAGGCUUAUCCUCACGCCAACAUUCUCUAUUCUGAUUACUAUCAAGCUUUCAUGAACCUCAUUGACAAGGCUUCCAUUCUUGGUUUUGAUGAAAGCUCAUUACUUAAAUCAUGCUGUGGGGGUGGUGGACAAUACAAUUUUGAUAUAAACAUGAUAUGCGGAAUGCCAGGUGCAUGGCCCUGCUCUGAUCCCUCAAAAUACAUAAGCUGGGAUGGCAUUCACUUGACACAAGCAGCUUAUAAAAACAUGGCCCAAGCUCUGUUGACAAAUUUAUAUUCCCAACCUCCAAGUUUCAGAAAAUAUGGAAGUGUUGAAAGUAGCAACAUGUAAAUGCAAAAAAGAAGAGUGAAAAUGUAAAAUAAUUUGAAUGAUUUGAAAUGAUGUAAGUAGUGUAUGAGGGAUUAGUUAAAAUCUAUAUUUGCACUAUUUCUAAGGCACAUUUAAUAUUUUUGUGAUGUGUUUUGAUCUCCAAUUUGAUAAUAA